AUGGAAGAAACGCCUAUGAAAUCAGAGGAGAAGAAGCUUUACGACGCCGCAGCAGAAGGGAAUGCAACAGUAUUUCAACAACUGCUCCAACAAGAUCCAUUUCUUCUCAAUAAAAUCUCAUUUUCAUGCACUCACAAAUCUCCUCUUCACAUAGCAACACUGCAAAGAAAUCUCAAUAUCGUAGAACAAAUCUUGAGCAAUAAUCCACAGCUAGCUGAGGAAUUGGACUCCCAGAAAUCGUCGCCUCUUCACAUCGCAGCAGCAAAAGGGUACGUAGAAAUCGCCUCAGCGUUGCUGUCGGAAGCCCCAAACAUGUGCUGGUCGCGUGACAGCCGCGGCAUGAACCCUAUCCACGUGGCAGCCAUGAACGGCCGUGUCGAGGUGCUAGAGAAGCUUGUUGAGGAGGAUGGGUUUGCUGCUAUGGAGAGGUUGGAUCGCGGAGAGACGGUGCUGCAUUUGUGCGUGAAGCAUCGUCAGCUUUGGGCGUUGAAGGUUUUGGUGGAGAAGUUGGGAGAGUUUGUGUGUGCAGAGGAUGAUGAUGGAGAGACAGUGUUGCAUUUGGCUGUUAGAUUCAGACAAGUUGAGAUGAUUCGAUACUUGGUGGAGAGCACCAAAAUAGACAAGAAAUCCAAGAACUCCAAAGGGCAGACGCCACUAAAACUCCUGAAGCAGAUCAUUUCCCACUCCGCAGGAUCCGACAAAACAACCACAAAAAUCAAAGAAAUCCUCAAAUCUCGAUCCACCAACCAACCCUCCCAAACCCCACCGGUGGAGUGGCUCACCAAGAAGCGCGACUCCAUAAUGGUGGUGGCGAUCCUCAUCGCCACCAUGGCCUUCCAGGCCGCCGUCAGCCCCGCCGGCGGCGUGUGGCAGGACGACACGCCGCCGCACAGGGCCGGGGAGGCCGUGAUGGCCUACAACAACCCUAAGAUAUACAAGAACUUCAUACGCUCCAACACGGUGGCGUUCGUGACGUCGCUCAGCACGAUAUUGCUGUUGAUCAGCGGUUUGCCGUUCAAGUACAGAUUCUUCAUGUGGGCCCUCAUGGCGAUAAUGUGGGUGUCGGUGACGGCCGUCGGCGUCACCUAUGGAGCUUCGAUCAUGGUGGUGACUCCGAGGUUUGAUAGGAAGUCGCUCAGCCAGGUUAUCAGGACUGGGAUCAGUGUUUGGAGCGGCGUGAUGGUGGUUUUGCUCGUCGGGAAUAUUCUCAGGCUGCUGAUCCGGUGGCUGAGGCGCGUCGGAGUGGGAUUGUGGGCGUCGGAGACGUGUUUCGUGAAAUCUCGAGUUUAGGAAAGAGACAGUUAAAUAUAUAAUUGUUCUUGUCUUUGGGAUGUAUUUGUUGGAAAUAAAGGAAAUGUGGUGGGAAAAUUUAUUUGAUGUUGGAGGAAUUAAUUUGCGUGUAAA